AUGGCCUACCUGGGACUCUUAUGUUGCUUUGCCUUUAUUAGCACCUCCUUAGGCUGUGGUGUCCCUGCCAUUAAGCCUGUCGUAACUGGCCUGGCUAGGAUCGUCAAUGGAGAAGAUGCUAUCCCUGGCUCCUGGCCCUGGCAGGUCUCUCUUCAGGAUAAAACUGGCUGGCACUUCUGUGGAGGAUCCAUCAUCAGCCAAGAUUGGGUGGUCACUGCUGCCCAUUGUGGUGUCACGACGUCUCACCUGGUGAUUGCUGGUGAGUUUGACCAGGGAUCUGAUGAGGAGAACAAUCAAGUGUUGAAGAUUGCCCAGGUUUUCAAGAAU